AGCCUUUCUGUUGCUGCCUGCGUGUCAUUUAUUGGCAAUACUGUCCCUCGGCAUCGGUUCCGAUAGGGGAUGUUUGGAUUUAUUGUUUCCAGCUGCUGGACACGAGCCAAGGAUUGCACGUGACGUGUUCGUGGAUCUGAAAAUGCAACGUGGGUGAUUUGGGGUGAAAUUUCAAAAUCUGAACCAAACCCUUUUCCUUAUCUAAAUCCAAUUUCUCAAAAAUAAUUGGCUCUAUUGUGCCAAAAUCGGAUUCUGUCAGCUCAAGUGUUUUUUCAGAUUCUCAUUCUGCUCCAGUUGUGAUGAGGAUGAAGAGCAGGGGUCAUAUAUAUAUAUAUAAAAGCCCCUUUUCUUAUCUUCAUCGCGGGGUCUAUAUUACCAUAUAUGAAACUCUCAGCCUGCAUCAGCAGAAAAAGGGAUUUCCUUUUUACGCACGCACACACACACUGGCGCGCGCGCGCACACACACACACACACACACACACACACAGGCUGACAUUGUGUGCAGAGCUGCAGAAACUCUGUCCACUCCGCUUCGCCCCAAAGCCUCAUCACCACCGUCACAUCAUCCAGGGGAGAGAAGGAGAGAGAAGGAGGGAGAGGAGCCGCUUCCUCUGCGGGGAUUAUUCUAAUCUGCGAAGGCCUCUGCAGCCCCCGGCCUCUCUGGAAACCUGCCAUGUGACAUUUGGCUGCCAGCGCUCCGUCAUCGGAAGGUCAAAGUGUGUGUGUGUGUGUGUGAAGGGGGCCCCCAUACACGGUGGUGCACAUUUCAAUGGAAGUGCAGAAACCCAGAGCUGCACCCAACGUCCAGCAGCAGCAGCAGCAGCAGCAGCAGCAGCAGCAGGACUUCCUCAGCGAGGCUCUGCGUGAUGGCAGCGGGUUCAUGUGCCAUCACCCGGGGACGUCAGAGCGCACGUGGUUCGCCCGCAGGUCAAAGAACCAAAAGUUUGCCGCCAUGAGCAAAAAGGUUUUCCCCUGGAUGAAGGAGUCCAGACAGUCGAACCAGAGACCCGGCAGGAGAAGCUCAGAUUGCACCGUCAGUGAGAAGUGCCCGAGCGCGGCCUCCAAGCGGACACGCACCGCCUACACGAGCGCGCAACUGGUGGAGCUGGAGAAGGAGUUCCACUUCAGCCGCUACCUGUGCCGGCCGCGGCGCGUGGAGAUGGCCGGCCUGCUCAACCUGCACGAGAGGCAGAUCAAGAUCUGGUUCCAGAACCGGAGGAUGAAGCAGAAGAAGGACGAGCGAGAGCAGGGCCUGGGCCUCAACACCACCACCUCCUCCUCCUCGCCGCCGUCCUCCCCCUCCGCCCCGGGCAGCCCCACUCUGUCCAGCCUGGGUUACAUCCAUCUGGGCGGGGACUACCAGCCGGCCUCUUCUCCGCUCGAGUCCCAACAACAGCCGUCGUACCCGGCAGAAUACUCCAAAUACGCAGGCCCAGGCUUCACGCACGGCCCGCACUUCGACGUGCAGUACAACACGCACGCAACGAACCCAGACGUGCACGUGAACGCGUCUUAUUUCUCUCCUCAGGACAGAAUCAUGCGAGCUCCCAAACUGACUCAUCUGUAGCAGACGAGAAGAACUUUAUCUUUACUUCAUGGAAGUGAAACACUACACCGAUCUGUAAUGUUUAUUUAUUGAACUAAUAAUCUACAUAUUAUAAGUCUCAAUUUGUAUUUAUUCAUAUUUAUUUAAUCAUUUAAAUCCAUUUUUGAGUUGAUUUUAACGCACUAAACUCUUCUUCUAAUCAUUCGUGGCUGAAAUGAAAACGUUAUUUUAGGCUUUUUUUUUUUUAAAAAGACUCCAGAGUAAAUAUUACAAUGAGACUGUAUAAUGUAGCCAGAGACGUUGGCAAAAGAAAUUGGCAAACUUCCAGUUUUUGGUGUGAUAAAAGCUUAAUUAGCACUUGAGGUCUACGCAGCAUCACGUUAACUCUUAGCUUAAUUACAGCUGCGACUGUGGACGUGAUGGGUUCUUAGGAAGAAGUGACAUUAUAUAGUCUGAGUGUCGUUAACUGUGGAGAGAGAGAAGAUAGAAGCCAGAAGAGAGAGGGGGAGAGACAGAGAGAGAAGGGCCUCUAUGGUUCUUUAAAUGUGUCUUUGUUCUUUUAUGGGCAAAGUGGGCCACACAAGCUGUCAAUCUGUAAAAGAGCGCGUGAUGGAUCACUGGAUCCAGCGGGCUGCAGUUUUUUUUCUCUCUCUCUCUCUAACACUGUCUGGUUCAGAAGAGUCUGUCUGCAGGACUCAUGUCGACCAGAGCUGCAACAGUUACUCAAUUAGUAAUCGACUACUAAAUUAAUCGCCAACUGUUUUCAUAAUCGAUUAAUCGGUUCAAGUAGUUUUUAUGA